AUGUCCAGGCACGAGAAGGAGCAAAAGACUAUCGCCGCCAGGACGGCCUGUCUCAACGAUCUGAUACUUGGUCGUACGAAUGGCGAUGGCGGUUUUGCUGGAAAGGACUCUGCUGGAGGAAAUGAUAUAAAUCUCGAGGUGGCCCUCAGCCGGGAGGGACUGCUAGAUUCGCUGAUUGUACUCUAUGACGAAUGCAGCAAAGAUGCGAUUAAGAAAAAGGAUAAAAACAUUGCUGAAUUUGUUAGCAAAUAUCGUCCAAUCAUCCAGGAAACUCGAACAAAACGAACAAAUGUUAACGAUUUUGACGUCAAAUGUCUCAUUGGCAAGGGGUAUUUUGGUGAGGUGCAUCUGGUUGUCGAACGACAAACCGGUGAGUUGUACGCGAUGAAGAAGAUGUGCAAAGAAACUGUGUCCUCGGCACAGGUACGUGCAGAACGUGACAUAAUGGCCAUUAGGCGUUCCGAGUGGAUUACGCCGCUGCAGUACGCCUUCCAGGAUUCAAGUAGCCUCUAUUUGGUCAUGGAGUUUCUUCCCGGAGGGGAUUUGCUGAGCCUUAUGAUACGCGUUGGAGUGUUCGAUGAGGAGCUUGUCCAGUUCUAUCUAGCUGAGUUGGCGACUGCACUAAAUAGUCUGCAUUCGUUGGGUUACGUGCAUCGCGACAUUAAGCCCGAAAAUAUUUUGCUUGAUCGCUUUGGUCACCUGAAGCUGGCCGAUUUCGGUAAUGCGACAGCAAUCAAUAACGAUGGAAGCGUGACGAGCCCGAUGCCGGUCGGAACUCCCGAUUAUAUCGCCCCAGAGUUGUUGCAGACCUUGUCCACCGUGGGCCGUGCAGCGAAUGGUGCGAAACACGAUGUAACGUGUGAUUUUUGGUCGAUGGGAAUUAUUGGCUAUGAGUUUGUCGCGGAGCAAACACCUUUUCAUGGGGACAAUGUGAAUGAAACAUAUUCCAAAAUUCUGUCGCAUUGCGAGGGUCGGCAUAGCAAAAAACUAGUUUAUCCUACACACGUAUCCAUCACGGCGAAUUACCGUGAUCUGCUUGAUCGGCUUGUAACCAACGUUUCGAAUCGCAUGUCGUACGUCGAAAUAGUACGACAUCCCUUCUUUGGGGACUUAAAUUGGGAUCGAUUGCGGUACAUGAUUCCUCCAAUUAUACCGACCGUAAGCAGCGAUGGUGAUACGUCCAACUUUGACGAUGUAGAUAAAACUGGAAAACGCAAAGCGAUGCUCGGCAGAAAGCCAACCUACAAUAUCGUACGAAUGAACGAAUUUUCCGGUCACGAUCUUCCAUUUUUGGGGUACAGUUACGUAUAUGAAGAUCCCGAUGUUGCCGGAAAGUAUCGCGAUACGGACGAGCACAUGAAGGUGGCCAGGCUAACAGCUAAAGUAAAGGAACAGGAUAGACGAUUAAAGGAACACAGUGGAGAAAUUCAUCGACUGCAGAAAGAUGUACUCGAGCGCGAUCGCAAAAUCGUUACGAUGACGGCACACAGUAAGAUACUGGAUGAAACGAAAAAAGAGCUCGAGAGUAUGAAAGAGCUUUUGAAGGAGAAAACGGCAGAACUCGCCGCUACCCGUACUGAUAAUAAGACCCUUCGCAACAGCUUAAAAAUCGAAAAGGAACAGCGGCUCAAGAAUGAUGCCACAAUCGCUGAUGUCGUGAAACAGACAUACAAAAAAUGGGAGAAGGUUAAGCAGGCUUCGGACCAAGGUUAUGAACGGCAGUUGGCGGAGAACAAGACUGAAAUGGCUGCGGCAAACGAAAAGCUGCACGAAGUAACGACUGAGUUGAUGGGCCGGUUAGAGGAAUGUCAGCAUUUACAGACUGCGGUAGAGAACUACAAACAUUUGCUGAAAAAAUCCAAGGAGAAGUUGAAGGCAGACAAGGAGAGUUUGGAUCGCAACCAGCAAGAGUUAAUGGCUGCGUACGAUGCAAAAAUUGCUGAGUUGAAGAGCAAGUGGAAGGUGGAAAAAGACAAACGUGUCGGUCUGGAGGCAGAGAUUCGCGAAUUAAGAGACAAACUGCAGGAGCAAGAAUCGAGUGUGAAGUUUGUCGAGGAUACGAAGCAAAAGCUUGUGGAAAACAUCAAACGGCGCAUGACAAUGCAACUGGAGGAAAAUAAUAUGUUGCGUGAAGCCAAGCAGUUCUCCGACAAAAUGAGUGAAGAAAUGCAAAAGAAAUGCGACGAUUUACGCAGCGAGAUAAGUAAAUUGCAGGAGCAAACCAUCGUCACAGUGGCGAAUACCAGCCUGGACAGUAGCCGCCGAAGCUCUUUGGUAUAUGAACAGGAGUUUAGAAGUGCCAAUUCGAGCCUGCAGGACAUGACGACUGUCGUAAUGGGUUCAAAUGCUGAGGCACAACUACGCAGUGAAUUAAUUCGCGCAAGGGAAAACGAGAGUGAGCAACGCAAACGUGCCGAUGCUCUUGAACAAGCUGUCGGGCGGCUAGAAAAGGACAUCGAUCAAUUGAAAGCAAGCGGCGUGGGAUCUUCGGGUGCUGAAACGCUACUCGAAAAGCAAAACGAACGGCUUGAAGAUAAACUGUCCGCCAUCCGGGAGCAGGCAAUACUGGACAAACAGUCUGCUCGUAGCGCUAAUCUUUCCGUUUGGAAGCUGGAAAAGGAACUAGACGAGCUUCGGAAGGAGAAGAGCAUUCUGACGCGCCGUAUCGAACUAGCAGACGAGCGUGUAACCCGUGUCCGUCACGACAAGGAAGAAUUAGAGUUCAAGAUGAAGCAGCAGCGUGAAACGGUUACUAACAAGGACAAGCAGAUCGAGGAUCUUCGGACGGAUAUGAACGCGCUCAAGAAUGAGUUACGAAAGGAGCGUGAGCUGUGGAGUAGCUCAGAAAAGGACCGGUUGGCGGAGAAAACGGAGCUGAUAGAAUGCGUUGCGAAAAUUCAGAUGCUGGAAGAAAAGUUGAAGGAAGGCCAACAAAAGCAGCAGCAACUGAGCGAUCGAGUAAGGCUGUUGACAGUGGAGAACGGAGAGUUAACAAAGGAAUUACGAGAAGCACAUGAUGAGCUGUCAGACGCCGCGGAGACGAAUGAAGAGCAAGAGAAACGAUUGGCCGCUGUAACCAAAAACUUUAACAUGCUGAAGGGGGCAUGCAGCAUUACGGAGACUCAGCUGACCGAGAUGGAAAUAUUGCUUGAGAAAGAAUCAAAACGCAACAAGGAGUGUAGCGAACAGAUGGAAAUCCUCAGAAAGCGGCUUAGCGAGAAGGAUACCGACCUGGAACGCUACCGACAAGAACUACAUGAAGAGCGAUCCGGUAAGACUCUAAGCGAAUCUAGAACGAACCAUCUACUGGGCGAGUACGAGGAGCUACGCAAGAAGUUCGAAGAUCUGCAACGACAGAUGCUCGAACAGGAGCAGAAGCUGAUAGACAAGACGAACCAUCUGUUCGAGGUGCAGGAACGCAUCGAGUUACUUAAUCAUGAUGCCGAAAAUCUGCAAAAGGUAGUCGCAAACUACGAACAGGAGCACUUCAUUUUGAAGGAGGAAAACGCCCGCAUCCUGACUGAUCUUUUCUUAGCAAAGGAACACAUUACACAGUUGAGUAACGAGAAGCGCGAUCAGCAGAAUCUUAUCGAGCAACUGACCGGAGAGUUGGAACAUGUGAAACGGGUGCUACAGGAACAGAAAACAUUUUACACUGAACGGGACAUAAAAAGCGAGGCGACGCUAGCGCAACACAAGAAGUUAAUUGACUAUCUGCAAGCGAAAGUGGAGGAAUGUAAUGCACACAGAAAGAAGAAAACGUUGGCAGGACUGAUCUUCGGCACGUCUUCAUCGUCAUGCGACCGGAAGGAGAAUAUUGUGCCCAACGUAGGCACUGCGAACGGAAGUAAUGCCCCUCCGGUUGAGGCGACCGUCAGCUAUCGGAAGCUACAGGCCGAGCUUCAAAAGGAGCGUACUCGAACGAACCAGUUAAAGGAGCAGCUGUUACGGGCCAAAACGGAUUUGAUAGCCGCUGCCAAGUGCAACUCGGCAUCGAUGCCACGGAAGCAACAAAAGGAAGACGAAAACUUGGAGGUUGAAAGGAGCUAUCGUGAAGAAGCUCUCGCGACACUCGAACGUUCAAGGAAAGAAUCGCGGGCUGAAGAACCGCAGCAGCGACGCACGACUUCUGCCUCGGCAAAACGAUCAACGUCUGCGGUCGGUAGAGCGCAUACCUUCGAUAUGACUAUUGAAAGUUCGUCCUCAGCUUUGAAACAACCGGCAAUAUUGUGCGCUGUUUGUGAUCGGCUAAUUUUGGCUGGCCAUCCGUACUGGAAGUGUACGGAUUGUAAAACUACCGUACAUCGGAAAUGCCGCGCGUCGGUUUCCGGAAGCUGCGGCGAGGCCCGUAAGAGCGGUGCCGGUGUCGAGUCUGUUGAAAAAGCAAACGAAUCUUUGGAUGAUUUCGCGGAGGAAUUGGGAACUGCGGAUGAUGAGGAUGAGGGAGAUACUGAUGUCGAUUCGAUUGGUAGGAUGCAGCGUAAGAGCCCAGCGUUUUCGAUGACCAGCGCGGAGGAAAAGGCUGAAGAGGACCGCUACGUAGGAGACUUGCUGUUCAAGACGAAGCGGCUCGAACCGAAACUGUACGUUAACGAUAUCUAUGAAGUCAGCGAGAAGGCUGUUCUGCUGGGCUGCGACACGGGUCUUUAUUCGUACCACAUGGAUACGGGUGAGGUCGUACAUAUUCGAGGCAUCUGCAAUGUGCGAUCGUUUGCCGUUUCGCCCCAAAUCCCUAAGGCAAUACUGAUCGGGUCGGAAGGAGAAUACCUGUACCAGUGCGACGUCCGUCACUUACAAAGCCGCGCCCAUGCGUCAUCCUGCCUGCAGCCAAAGCUGGAAUCUUUUGUCUUAGAUCUGUCCAUCGCCAACCGUACCCACAGUGAACCUUGGCACAUUGUGCGCAUGAUGGAGGAUAUACCGUCGGGUGGAAAAAUUUCUGAUGCAAUUGCCAUUGCGGCUACGUCGUCCAGGAUUGUGAUUCUCAAGUUCGACGGGCAAGCGGGAAGAUUUAAACCGGUCCGCGGUCUGGACACCGUCCUCCCAGUGUCGACAGUCCUAUUCACCAAGAACACCGCUAUCGUCGGCUCGGACAAAUUCUUCGAAAUUGACCUGCGUACGUUCGCGGCAGAAGAGUUUUUGGACAUGUCUGACAAGACGUUGAGCGAAGUUCGGACCUGUGCCCCAUUGGCUGCCUUCCGCAUCAACAGUCAGGAGUAUUUACUGUGUUACCGGGAGGUUGGCAUCUUUGUCGAUGAUUCAGGAUGGCGAUCGCGUCCGGAUAAUUUAAAUUGGUUGCAGGAUCCGGUGGAGUUUUACUACCGUGAGUCGUGUCUGUUCAUAGCGCACGCGGACUGCGUGCAGGUGAUGUACAUUAGCAAGUCCUACACCAAGGAUCUGGCAUGUCGGCAGUCCCACACGGAUGACGAGCGACGGGCGUUCGUUAGCUUGCGCGAAUCACCGCGUCUGCUGGCUCCUCUACAGUAUACUAAGACAUCGAUUUACGUGGCUUGUGAAUGUGGACCUGAUCGCGAACAGGAGAUAGUGCUGCUCGACGGGUUAAAGGCGCUGCGAACGGUUGGAUUCAGUCGGUCACUCGAAACGCUAUCCAGCCUCGCGACGGGUGUCGGUCAAAGUCAGGAUUCGCUAGCCACUUUAGGGCAAGGUGUGUAA